UUUUGAAAUCUUAUAGUAGCCUAAAUACUUAAAAUAUGAAUAACCUAAUGCACACAGAAAAUGGUAAACAUUUACUCGAAACAACUGAUACUAUUGUCGAGAAGAAUAGCCUCCAAAGAGUCAAUAGCACAGAGGAGACCAAUGCUCCAGCAUCUCAGCCCCCAGAAACAAAGAUCCAGCAGCCACUCCAUCCCGAGAGAAGCAAUCGGUAUAAGAUGGUUAAGAUACAGGAGAAGCUUGAGGAUGAAAAUGAGGUCAACGCUUGUGAGACAGGUGGAGAAAAGGAAAUUACCAAAAUAGAAGUAAGCCUUAAUCAAAGUUCCAAAAUCUCCCCUCCAAGACAAGCCUCAGUUCAGUUAAAUUUAAAGUCAAGAAAUAUGCCAACAGACAAUGUAUCAAAACCUUCGCUUCCUAAAGUAAGAAGGACGAAACAGAUCCAGAAUAGGCAAGAAGGGAUCAAUCAGACUAAGUGCCAGAAUAACAUUUAUUGUGGAUUAAAAAGAAAGGUACCCUCUAGCACUGUUGAAGUAGAAAACCUUUACUCCGAAAAGCCCUUACUUAACUUUGAGAAAAGAGAUGAUGAAGGAUCAGAUAUCAAAAUCAUCAAAAAAUCCCAGAGCCUAAAUACAUUCAGAUUUAAGGAACUUGUGAUGAAGAAAAUAAAGACUCAGAACGAUCUUUCCCUCGAUCUUGACAAAGUUGAUGAUCCAUUCGAUCUUGAUAUGGAAAGUAGCCUUAGAAUGAAGAGGUCUAAAUCAAUGCUAAAGCCAAUAUUCUCUUUUUGCCCUCCUGCUCCUCAUAACACAACGAAGUUUUAUUGUCAGUUGAGAGAAUUACCAUCGCUGCCUAAUUUUAAUAAAAUCGAUGAUGUGAGUGAUGAAGAAAGUGAUAGCUUUAAUAAGAACUCCCCUGAUACAUGAGAGUCUAUGUGAGGUUUGGUGAAUAAAGAAAUGUUUUCAUAUCUCUAAUAAUACUCCAACUAAAUUAUUGAUAAGAGCCCUGUUUCA